UCCUUUCCAUCUUAUCGACUGCAGGUACGCCAAAAAAUUAGUGAAGAACAUUAAGACGCAAAAAUAAAUGAGUUGGUUGCAGAGGAGUUCGGUGCAGACGUAUUACAUCGAAACACAAACAACUUCUUUUUCGUUUGAUGCCAAUGUUUUGAUAGACGUUUCUUCUGUUUACUUGCAUCUCUUGUGUGGGGAGGACAGGAUCCUGACAAUCACAUGAUUUCACAACGUUAAUUGUUUCGAAAAAUUGUAAUAUGGGGAAUUUCGAUAUGCUUUCGGUCGACGCUCCAGUUUAUUUCUUCGAAUGGUAUUUAGUAGACGUUGGGGAGUAUUUUGCUUUUUAAAACAUUUAUCCUUUUACCAUACGGAGACCAUGGAAUCAUAAUUCACUAUCGCAACCGAUUCUAAAUCGUGAUUAAUGAAAGAAAUUCGGUGUGGAACCGUAGUCUUUCUUGCACACUGGGUUUAGAUGUGCGAACAUUUUGCGUCAAUGCUGAUUAUCAUACCAUUCACAAGAUUCGUUUUUGACUCGGCGAAGAAUAUUUACACGUGCUCUCAUGUGCAUUCUUUCCUUUCCUAAAAAGACAACGGUUCCUGUACAAGAAUUACUCUUGUCACUAUGGCGUGAAGAGCAGACUUCUGGAGCUCGUGUGAAGAUUUUAGGAUUUUCCACAACUGGAUUGUUUUACCCUCGAGUCCUGCUUCAUACCUUGAUUGGAUAUUUAUUCAAAAAAAUAAUAUUUAGUUAUUUUAACUUAUUACUGUGGUGUUUUGGAGGGUCACGUGACGUAAGCAGGUGCGUUUUUACCCUCAUGUCAUUUUCCACCAUCAUCACAUGUACAGUCAAAUCCUAAUAUCAUGCACCCUACGUGUGAUAACGAGUUGAAAAUUCAAAUUCAUCUAACAGUGACAAAGAUCUAACCAAUGCUAAUCACAAUUUAACUUUUGAAACUAAAUUAAAAUGACAGACAAGUACCGUUACCAAAAACCACAGGGACCAAUCAUUCACGCUGACAAGAAAGGUCGCCGACGGUACAUCAGCCGGCCGGGAAGCACAGACCUCCCAUACUCCACAUACUCCAAUCAUGAUUAUUCAGGUCCUUCCUACAAUGGCUAUGCUAGUAGCUUAGAUCCCCACACUUAUGAAAUUAUGUCCAAAUAUACUGGAGGAUAUGACUACCCACAAUCCUCAGCAGUUCGUUCAUACAGUACUGGUUCAAGUUCAGGCUCUCAAGUAUUAGGUUCAUCAUAUGGACAUAAAAGUGGUUACCAGCCAAGUCAAAGACCACAGAGACAUGCUUCCUAUGGCAGUUAUGAUACUGGAACAAAAUAUGGUGGUUCUUCAGAAAUUGGAUCAACAUAUGGUGGCUCCUUAGAAACUGGGAAAAGAUAUGGUGGUUCCACAGACUCAAGUUUAAAAUAUGGUGGUAGUCACACAGACUUUAGAACAAAGUAUGGUGGCUCCAGUGAUGUACAUGUCGGAUCUAAAUACGGCUCUAGUGAUUUAGGAUCAAAAUAUGGCAGUUCUAGUGACACACGAUCUAAAUAUGGUUCCUCCAUAGAGUUGGGAUCAAAAUAUGGUGGAGCCAGUGAGUUUGGAACGAGUUACAGGGGCACUUCCAGUGAUAAAUCAAGGUAUGGGGAUACCCAUAGUCAUGACAACAGCUCAAGCAGUUAUGGGGGGAGUGACAUCAAGCCCCAACACUCCACAAGGUAUGGAGAAAAUGAGGAUAUGAAGCAAAGUGAAACUCAAAUAUCUAGAAAAGUGAGAUCUCCAUAUGAACGUUACAAACCACUGGAAGAUGAUACGCCGACACAAAGCAAGGAUGUGGACCUCCAGGAAAUCCGAUCUCGGAGCCUAAGGUACCGCAGCAGAAACGACAAAAAGGAACCUCCAUCUGGGAAAACUCAGAUCAAAGGAAGCUUUGAGAUGUAUGGAUCAGAAACAAGAAAACCUAGUGAAACCAGUGAGAGCUUUGACCUUGAAAAACCAGUGUUCUCUUCUGUGGAUGAUUCUGUAGAAUCCUUAAAAAGUGCUUCUUUCAGUGAGCGAUGGAAGAGAGGAAGUUCUGGGAAUUCUCCGGGAAGGCUUGGAAGUACCAAGGACAGCCUGGAGAAGCCCGAUUUCGGAUCCAGUGAAAAGGAUAAUUUCGGAAAUAAAGACUCUACUGAAUCAUCUCAUUUGUCACCUUGGAGACAAAGAAAAUUAGAAAGAGAAAAAAGAGAAGCAGAAAAAGCAAAGGAGGAAAGUGAAAAACUGAGUUUACAAGCUCAUGAACAUGUUUCGUCAGGUGAACAGAUCCCCACACAAGCAAAAGAUCAAACAGCUGUUCAAACUCGUGAACAGGAAGUCAGAAGAAGAAACCUUUUGGAAAAAUUAGAGCGACCUAAAUCAGUGGAUGCUGAUGCUAUUAAACAACUUUUGCUAACAAGUGACAGUCCCCUAUUGAGAUCAAGAUACAGAGAUGCAGUGAGGAAAAGAGACCAGUUGAAGGAAUCGCUGGAUGGAGCCUCAGAUAUUUCACAAGAGUCAGGAAGUAGAAGCAGAGAAACCAGCCAGCCCUUAGAAUGGAGUUCAGCUAAAGCUCUACACGAGUGCCUGAGACAAAAAGAAACACCGGACUCAAAAGAAGAAACUGGAGAUAAUGUUAAAGACAGUGUUCGGAAAAAUCUAGCAAGUAUCAAAAGCUUGAAAAAUUCUGUACAACAGAGUGAUGAAAUAAAACCAGAGCAAGUGCAUGGUGAACGUUUGAAACAGGAUAACGUUGAGCAAAAUCGUCAGGAUUCUUCUAAGAGGAAAAUUCUUGUAUCUUCUCGCUCUCAUAUUGAAAAUUUGCGUGAUUCUGUGAAACAGAAGGACGCUGAACCCGUACAGAAUACUGUAAAUGUGCCAAAACUUACUGUCUCAAAAUCAAAUACUGAAACUGACAGCAAAGCAACUAAGAGUAUUUAUUCCACAAAAAAGUUGUCAUCUACUGACUCUAAGGAGGAAAGGGUAAAAAUUGAAACCACAAAAACUAGCAGUGUAGGAACUGAUGAUAAUUUGUCAAAGUAUUACAGCAAAAGUAAUCAGGAAAAGGUGCAGACAAAUGUUCAGCUAUAUAAGGACAGUCAACCUGAGGGUGAGAAAAAACCAGAGGUGGAGAAAACGCCAUCAAAACGGGCCAUUCGGCUAGGAAGAGCAAGACACCAUGGACAAGAAGGGCCAUCACUUGUUAAACAUAUGAGUGACCUUUUGUUUGAGGAUCCCAAGAGUGUCCGAUCCGAGAGGAAACAUACUAGUGAAUCAAAUGAGGAGAAGAGUUCUAAAACAUUCAGUAAACCUUUAGAGGAGAAAUCCUCACCAGUGCUCAAAACAAGGGUAUCUACUGAUACAGAUAAAACACCUCAUGAACAGUUCUCAAGUGCCAAGUCAGUGAAAGGAGAAACUAAAGAAAGUCUUAAAGUGAAAGACUCGGAUUCUAAACAAAUCAAGAAGGCAGACUCUACAAUGAAGACUGCAUCAGAAAUUUCUCCUAAAGACACCGAUUUUAAACAAAUGAAGAAGGUAGACUCUACAAUGAAAACAACAUCAGAAAUUUCUCCUAAAGACACUGAUUCUAAACAAAUCAAGAAGGUAGACUCUACAAUGAGGACAACAUCAGAAAUUUCUCCUAAAGACACUGAUUCUAAGCAAAUGAAAAAGGUAGACUCUACAAUGAAGGCUGCAUCAGAAAUUUCUCCUAAAGACACUGAUUCUAAACAAAUCAAGAAGGUAGACUCUACAAUGAGGACAACAUCAGAAAUUUCUCCUAAGGACACUGAAAAAGUGAAAAGUCCAAAAUUUCAACAUGUUUAUGGUAGAUCAAAAACUACAGAUGUUAGUAGCCUUUUGGUCAAGAAAGCUGCUGCAAUAGUUGAUAAAAAGGAACAGAAUUUGAAUAAAACAACAGAUUCGGUUGUAUCUACAACUGUUACACCAAAGUUCUCCACAGAAAAGUCAAAAACAUCCUUGGGAAAAAUAGAUGAAAAGGCAAAUGAAACGGAGACAAAGAAACCAAAAAGUAUUGAUGAAAGUCAGUCAGGAUUAGGUUUUCCUUCCACAUUUUCUGUUGAUAUGAACCAAAUAUCUAGAGCUGAAAGGAUAGCCAGAUACAAAGAGGAAAGAAAGAAACAGCUAGCACACCUUGCCACCAUGUUUAGUGAACCAAGGGAAAGCAGCAGUGGAAAAGAUAUUGUGCCUUCACUGUUUACUGCAGCAAGGGAAGAUGGUGAUGGAUCAUUGGGAAGAUCAAAAAGCAUGAGAGAGGGGUCUCCACAGAAAUUUUCAUCUCCAGUUGCUAGGUCAAAGAGCUUGAGGGAGGAUUUGUCAACACAGAAAUCCACAACAGGUUCCCUUGAUGAACAGGAGAAAGAAUCAUCUGAUGUGCAAAUGAGUUCAUUUGAUGAGUCUGGUAAGGAAAUUCCCCUUAAAAUGAAAAUAGCACAGAACAGAAAGAUGUUUGAGAAGAAGACCAGUGAAGAUGAAGACAUUAAAAUAUGGCACAGAAGAUCACUCACAGAUUCACCUCGUGAGGGAGGUAGCAGAAGAAGUUCAGCAAGUUCUGACAGAAAAAGCUUAGGAGAUGAUUCCUCUUUAGAGAAACUGAAACAAAGAUAUUUGUUUGGAACUGAUUUCUCAGAGGCCAAAACAAAGAGACAGUCUGUAACCGAGGCAGAAAAUUCUCCACUUUUUGACACAUCUACAUCCUCAGAGGAAGUGGUAUCUACAUCUGCCUUGUCCACUACCCUGUCAUCUGAAGAACCCAGUGUCUCGGAGGAAAUUUCUUUUGACAUAAGUAAGGCCAAACAAGCCUUCUCCAAACCUGAACCAAAGCAGAAGUUUAUGUUUGGAACAGACUUUGCUUCCACUACGGAUUCAAAGCAGGAAUCUCCAUUAGUCAGCACUGAGAAGUCCAAGAAAAUGGAGAAAGAUAGAGGUGAGUACGAUGCCAUUAAAGCUCAGAAAAAGAGGAGACAACUUCCUUCUAUUCCCUCAGCACUUGGGGCAGGCUCCCCAUCAGAGAGUGUAUCCAGUAAAACAGAAAGUGAUAAUGAUCUGUCUCAACAGAAAAGUGACAUAGUGUCUAGAACUUCAUCAAAGAGUGCUUCAGUCCCAGAACCUCAAAUUGCUCAUGCUAGAGUAUUUGGUGGGAAGCCACAUACUUCCAUGAUGACUUCAAAAAGUGUUGAAAAAAGUGACAGCAAAUCUGUUCUGUCUAAUGUUCAUUCUAAGGAUUAUUUACCUGCAAAGCCAGAUAGCUUAUCAAAGUCUGACAUAACUUCUAGUCAAUUGGAGAGGAAAGCACCGGCCACAAAAACUGUCUCACAACCUGUAAGCCAAAAACCAGACAAAACUCCAGUGUCUCAAAGUGUUGCAAUGAAAAGUGAUUUAUCUAAACUUAAAUCACAAGAAAAAGGUGAACCAAAUGGUACCUCUCAAAGCUCAACUAAAAUGUAUCCAAUUACCUCUGUCACAGAGGGUGCUAAAGAUAUCAAGUCACCAGAAAUAGAUGCUGCAAAGAAAACAACUUCUCGCUUAACUAAGUUGAGAAGGCGUAGUCCUGUUAGAUCCAGAGCAUCAUUCUCACCAGGUAAAACGAAAACCGAUGGUGAAAUUCAGAGUGAUGCUAAAGUUUUAACUCCACAAGCAACAAAAGAGAAAUCAGAAAAACAUGACACCUCUCAGAAACUUUUAUCCACACAAAAUGUGCCAAGAAAAGCAACUGCAAUCACAGGUACGGAAGCAUCUGUUAAACAGAACACGACAGAGGUGAAAAGGCCUAAAACACAGCUGCCAAGCCACACACUUCUGGAUCAACCCAAGAAAUUGUCUCGGCAAGAUAACUUGGAGUCAAGAUUUGAAAUGGUACAAAAUCUUGAUAUUUCUGGUGUCCAAAGUAAACAAACAAGGACUGAUAUUGCUCAAUCAAAAUUAGAUAAACCCCAUGCAGCAGAACUACAGGAAACUUUAGAGUCCCAGUUUAUGGUCCCUACUAAAACUCUCACUGAAUCUUGUACUGAAAGUGUGUUUAAAUCAGAAUCAUCACCUAAACCUGAAAAUGUGCCAAAUCUAGGAAUCGUACCGGAGUCGGAAUCUGUAUUAAAAUUUGAUACUUCAAGAGAAGAAAUGGUGCUCAGUGCAGAUACAGUGUUAAAACCUGAUAUAGUGUCAAAAGCUGCAGUUACACAACAAACAUUCAAACAAGUAUCAGUGACAGAGGAACUGGCAUACGAGACGUCCAAAUCUAAACCAUCAGAAACCGAAAACGUGCCAAGGUCUCGCACUACACCUGAACCAGAAUCUGCUUUGAAAUAUGAUCUACCCAGAACGGAGAUGGUGCUGAAUCCUGAACCAGUUUCUAAACAAGACUGGUUAGCAAAAGCAGAAGUCAAACAAAAAACCGAUACCUUUCAAGCUGAGGAAGUCGUGCAGGAGAAAAAUGUAGAAAUGGCCCAUUCAAAGAAACAUGUUGAAGAAGGUGCUAAACCAGUAAAGAAAAGGUCACUCAAAAUCCGUCACAGCAAGUCAUUGUCAGAUAAAUCAGGAAAGGCAUCCGUCCACAGAAGUAAGACAAUCAGUGAGAGAGAGCUGAAAUCAGGAAGUUCUGACAAGCCAUCCAAAGAUGACAUUCGUAGCAUUCUCAUGAAGUCUCCAGAAACAAACCUAGACGAUUUACUGAUGGAGAAUGUGGACUAUCUGUCGGACAUUGAGACAAAUGAUCCCUGGGGUGUCCAUAAGGUGGACAAAAAAGCAGAACCUGGGCAUUUGAGAGAGGGGCUUCACAUGCGGGCUAAACAAGCCCAUUCUAAGCCCACCAAGGAACUCUCAAGUAGUUCGGAAAGUUUUGAUAGAAAAUUAAAAUUGGAUAAAACCAGUCAUCUUAAGGCAGACAUACCAAAUCAGACACCCGUAACCUUGGACGAAAAACAUGUGAAAGACAUUUCUACAAAUAAAACCCCAAACAUCAGCUCAGCUUCAACCCAACCAACUGCUAACAUUUCUGCAAAUGAACUACAGGAUACCAGCUCAACUUCUAUUCAACUCAUCACUCAGCCUACCCAUCAACUUUCAACUGACAAAACUCCUUCACAUAGUUUAUCAAAUCUUCAAACCAAAUCACCUGAGGAAAUACAUCAGACUUCAAGAGAAAUAACUCCAUCAUUAGGGGAGGUAAUUCCAGCAACUUCAACUUGUGAAAUUCUGUCAGAGGAGCAGAUUGCAGAGAACGAACUGAAGAAGAGGAGGAAGGACAAGACGGCCAUGAGAAAAUCACAGCUCAAUGCCGGACAACAGGCGGACCAAGAUGUUGGACGUAGGGGUCUGGAUAAACACAGAAAUGACUCAGAUGUAAGGACACGGGAGACGUCUGCUUCACCUGAUUUCACGACUAAUCACCUACCCAAGCACAGUGUUACUAACAAUUUUGUGAAUUCACAUCACCAUGACAACAGGAUAGUUGCUGAGCACCACCAUUCACAGUCUGGCAGAUCCUCUGUUUUAAACUCCAUUUUGCCCUCCAAAUUCUCAAUCCCAUCUAAGGUCUCAUCAGUCAUCAACAGAUUCUCAGGGGAGUUUGGAGACAAAAAGACAGAUUCCAAGACAGCUAAGAAACCAGAAGAGGCAGCACCCAAGCAUAUUCCCAUAGUUAGGAGAAAAAAUGAUUUUUCCUCUUUGUUACAGAAAUUUUCAGGUUCAGAUCGCUCUAGUGGUGAAUUAGGAGAUUUGUCGCCAAGGAGAAAAGUGAAUCUACGUCGUCAGGAAGCUUGUGCCGUCGGCAGCAGUGACGAAUCGGACAGUCGCAGAACUCCUGAAAGGACUCAAAGUUUAAGAGUUAAAAAAUUACCAUCUCCAGACGAGCGGAAACCAGUGCAGAGAUCUGAGAGUUUCAAAUCGGAUUUUAUGCGCAAGCGAUGCAGUCCUGAAACUAUUCUAGAUACUCCAGUGGAUGAAGAUACAGAAACCAUGGCAACCCCAAAUCCAGAACUUGCAGCCAUUCUGAACAAACGCCACAAAGUGGUUACUGAUCAACAAAUCCAAGGUCAAAAAUUGGAAAAGGAACAAAUUUACAGCAACAAAAUUGAAAAGGAAGACCAAAUUCACAAACUAGCCGAGGUGGAUGAAGUUAUAAGUGAUUCACAAGUUGCUUCUGUGUUGAAAGCAAGACUUAAUGAGAGUGAUUCUUCAAAAUCUGGAGAACAAAAUAAUAUUGAUAAUCGUUUUAAACCUUACCAAAAGACUGAGGACAUCAUCACAGACACUGAAGUGGCAAAUAUAUUGAAAGUGAGGAAAACGGAAACUGAUUCCAAAAUACCUGAAGAGAUCAAGACAAUAAACAAAGACUAUGAUCAAAGCUCACAGCAACAGAUUGUUACACCAAAAGUUGUUAGUGAUAACAAAGUAAAUAAAUCAGUACACUCAUCUUUGGCACCUGCACAGAAAACAGAGGCCAAACAAGACACAGUCACUCCAUCUGUGUCAGAGGUAAGCAGUAGUGUCAGCUCAUUAGUGACCACUGCAAAAACGCAUCCACCAGAACACAAACUUAGUACAGAUACUGACAAGUCAGGUGAGAGGACUAAACCCGUGAAAACUGAUGUACCAGCAGCAUCAGCAAUGCCUCAUGUUGUGUCUAAUAUCAAAUCUUCAGAACUUUCUGAGAAAGAAUCAGAUAAGGAAAUAUCACCGCUUAGAUCUCUCAGAUCAUCUGUGUCACCUUGUAAAGACAAUGUGUUGUCUUCUAACAAGCAAUCUACAUCUUCAUCCAAAUCGUCUAUCGUUCGCCGUGCAGAGUCGUAUGGGGCCAAGGACACAGAGCGUCCCAAAGGAAUUCUAAAGAGGACCAAGUCUAUGAAAUCCAGUGUUAUUGUGGACAAAGAAUUAGCCAGCAUUUUACAGAGAAGGAAAAAAGAACAAGAUGAUGAUAGUGAUGAAAAUGUAGAUGAUAAACCUUCAGAUGUUGCUAGUGAUAUUCAAGAAACUCUCAGGAGAGAGCAUGAACAUCGGGGUGGUAACAAUGCUGAGGAUGAUGGUGGCACACCUAAGCUAUCUAUGCAGGAGAGGAUUUACCACAUGCAGAAUAAACUGGAGGAAGCCAAAUCAUGCCCUAUAACUCCCAGAGCUAAAUCAGGGGCUGCAACUCCAAAAUCUGCCUUUAAGGGGAGGACUGGUAGCUUAACUCCCCACUCUCAGAGCACUGAGGAACAAAGUUCAGCCUCCCUGUGUGGAGAGCAACUCAUCCAGAAACUCAGCAACCUUGCUGAGCGGGGCCACAAAGUGGGCAACUUAGCAGAGAAACGCCAAGUCUUCCAGAAACGCAAGAGGGACGAUUGGAGAACUCGAACUCAGCCAGUCACCUUGGAGGAAAUUCAGGCGGCUGAUGGUUUACAAUCAGUUGCUGAUUUUAGACGUGAAGUUUUAGGAAAGGCAUCCAAAAAUGCAUUUGAAUUACUCCAAAAAGACACCAAGCAAAUACCAGGAAAGAAAAGCGAGUUUCCUCAACAUUUACCCCGAGAAAAAUUAAGAAGAUCUCGAAGUGAACGCCAUAAGACUUUACCAAUUACUGCAGCAGAACUGAAUGCCAUUCCGGAAGGGGAGUCAAUUGGAAUGGCAGGACUGAGAAAGAAAUCUGAUUGGUCAGGAGCAAGGGACUCUAAGGCAGACUCUGGUAUUUUGUCAGGGUCAUCAGAUGUUGAAAAUUACUGUGAUAGUUUUGAAUCUCAAGCCUCGGAAGAGAGCCUUCGAAGCUUGAGUCUAGAGCUUGACACUCACGAAGAUGACCCAGCCAGAUUGAGUGUGUCUGCUAAAGCAUCCAUGUUUACCACCAUUGUGGAAAAGUCUAAACCAGACAAGCCCAAGCCUUCUGCUAGCGGGGCAAAGAGGUACAUAGACAGGAAGAAGCGAGAGCGAUGUCAGACACAGCCUGUCACGGAAGAGGAAGUCAAAUCGGCUGCAGAGAUUGCUGAUGGUGGGAAAUCAGAAUCUGAAAAAUCGCAGCAAGAGGAAGAAGAAAAAACUGAUGAUGCUGCUAGACGGAGCUUGGCAGAGAAGGUGAAACUUUUCUCCAGUUUGAAGGAACAGCAGGAGAAGACGCCCCCUAAAGUUGACCCCCCUGUCAUCAGGAGGAGAAACCGCAAACAGCUCACUUCAAGGUUCAAUACUCAGGAAGUAGGAUAUAAAAAGCCGGUGACCAUCGAGGAAGUGGAGAAAGCAGCACAGUAUAGAAUAUCUCCACUGGCCAUGAGUAUGGUCAAGCCACCCGACCCAGAACUCAUGCAAGGUCUGUCCCUGGCAGCCCAGAGGGAACUCAUGGCUCAACAUGCAGAGAUAGUCAUGUCUCAGCCAAACUCAAGACAAGGCUCAAGCGUAGAUCUGUCAGAUAAGUGCCAAUCCUCUUCAGAUCUCAGCAAACCCGGCUCAGAGAAAGAAGGACCAAUGGGCAGCAAGACUGUAGAGAAACCACUAAGCAAGAGCAUGUCAAAAUCAGAAAGCGAUGUGAAGGGCAUCCUCAGAGCUGACAAUGGUAAAGGAGGAGAUGAACCUCGAGGCAUUCUCAAACAUCAUCACGUAGAAACUCACGAGGAACUCAAGCGAAUCAUGUUGGAGAGAGAGGAACAUAGGAGUAUAUUAAAAUCCACCAGUCAAAGUCAUGCAACAGAGCAGAAAAGUAUCCUGAAGACACCUGGAGGAAAAGAGGAGGAGGUUGUAGAGGAAAAAGCAGGAGUCCAGGAGGAAAUCGUCAAAGGAGUGCUGAGGUCCUCUGGAAUCGAGGACCCUGGGAGUGACUCAGAACCUAAGGGGAUUCUGAAGAAAGAGAGUACUUUUGAGGUGAAAAAAUCUGAACCUGAAAAAGGAGUAUUGAAAGACAGUACCUUUGAGGUGCAUAAAGAGGAGCCUGAGAAAAGUGUUUUAAAGGGAAGCAGCUUUGAGGUACCAAAAUUUGAACCUGAAAAGGGAGUGCUUAAAACAUCCGGUCAUAAGGAGGACGCAAGUGUUCAUGGAAUUUUAAAGAAGGAGGAGGAAGUAGGGGAGUCUUGUGUUAAGGAAAUGGUGGACUCUAAUGUAGAGGAAGUAAAAGGAUUGGAUAAAAAGUCCCCCUCACCAGAACGAAAGUCAGCAGGAGGUUGUGCCUCGUCCAUAAGGAGAAGAAAAGACCGCAAACAGCAAGAGAGAUUCCUAACCCAGCCAAAUGACAAAACGUCACCAGAGAAAUCCCCGGAGGGUUCCCCUAAACUCCGAUAUGGGGCCACACGUCACAAGACCCAGCCCAUCACCCCAGAGGAGAAGCGGAAGGCAGAGGAAGAAGGACAGUCUGAGGUCAAAAUCUCCGUCAAGGACAGACUUAGCCAGUUGAAGCAAAGUGGAGAAGAAGAUUGGAAGAAGAGGGUGUCCAAGCCUAGCGAACUUCAAGCAGGUGAAGUGGAGGUCAAACUCCGAGAGAAGAAAGGGCUGGAGCUUUCCCGCCCUAGUAGCAUCGCUGACCGUCUGAACCUGCUCGAGACCUCGAAGAUUGGCUGGAAGGGCAGGGUGGAAGAGAAGGAUGCUGUGAGGUUCACGGUGGCCCACAAAUUGGCUGGUCAGGUUGAGGAAAGUCCCCUUAUGAAGAAACUCCGAGAGAGAACAAAGAGAGACUCGGAAUCCGAAUCUGGGUCAUCUGAUAUCAUAUCACCUUCAACCCCCACUAGAGACUUGCCAAAAAUUCCCCUUCCAAAGACCAUUAUAUCAGGUCCUCCUGUAGAGACUGAAUCAGAGACCAAACCUAAGGAAGUAACUGUUGCUGUUUCCAUGGUGACCGAGGAAGUCAAAGAACCCGUGAAAGUGGAAAUUCCAUCAAUGGAUGAUGACCAGCUGAAAUCGUUCUUCAGGCAGUCGUCAGAAAGCGUGGAGGUUCAGGAGAAAAUUGACGUCUCUGUUGAAGACUUUAAUGAACUUUUUAUCAUCGCCAAUGACAUGUUGCCAACCAUGAGAAAAAUUCGUCCCAAACGUAAGCACACUGCCUCAGUUAGGAACCCACUGAAGACAACAUCCGUUGAGGUCAAGUUAGAGUAUGAGGAGGUCAAGAUGGGAUAUGCUGAAUUAGAGAUCAGGCGCAAACAAAAAGAAAAAAUUGCAGACAAAGCUGGAUUUGCUGAGGCAGCAUUGGCUGGCCUAGCUAGCAAGGAGAACUUUGCUAGUGUGGCCCUUCGCAAAACUGCUGAAUCAUCUAGUUCCAAUUUUCCCUCUCGUCUUGACCCCUACAAGGAUCUUAUGCUUAUUCAUGUCAAAGGUCGACGCAGGAUUCAGGUUCGCCUUGUGGAGCCAUGUGCUAAAUCCAUUAACAGCGGAGACUGUUACAUACUGGUCACACCCGACAAGGUCAUUAAUUGGGUGGGAGAAUUCUCCAAUGUCAUCGAAAAGGCAAAGGCUGCUGAUAUUGCCACCUUCAUUAUCCAAAAGAAAGACCUUGGAACAAAGGCACCUAUGGUGGAAACAGUAGACGAGAAAAGACAACACCUUGGGCCAGGCAAGAAAUUCUGGUCUGCCAUAGGAGGCCUCAAAACUAUAUCAUCUGCUGGACCACCAGAAGAGGAUGAGCUUUAUGAAAACCAUAUCAUGGCCUCCAACAUGGUAUAUAAACUGGAGAACAACUCCUUAGUGCCAUACCAGGAGUACUGGGGGUGUCAGCCUAAACAGGAAAUGCUCAAGAAAGAUCAAGUAUUGGUCUUUGAUUUUGGCACAGAACUCUAUGUUUGGCAAGGAAAAGCAGUUAAGCCAGAUAGGCGUAAAAUGGGCGUCAAGCUCGCUCGACAGUUGUAUGAGAAAGGUUAUGACUACAGUGCAUGUGACAUAAACCCAAUGUCCCCACUGUCCACUGAAGAGAUGGGUGGCAUGCCUUCAGUCGGAAAAGAGAGACCAUCCUGGGGUUUGUUUGGUAAAGUGAACCAAAAUAUGGAGACCAUCUUGUUCAGAGAGAAAUUCUCUGAUUGGCCGGACACUUCACGUCUCAUUAAGGUCAAAAGCCUGGAUACAGGAAGCAAGAGUGAUCUGACAGAAUUGAAACCGUACAAUGCCAUGCUGAUGAUCCCUGUGAACAAAGACCCAGUAUCUCUUGUGCUGGAAGGCUCCAAUGUUGGCAGAGGCAAUGUUUGGGCUGAGGACAUGGAUGGCUUUGUAAGAGAGCAGGACAUUGUGACACUAGGGGUCUCUGUGUGGCAUGUUUUAGAAUACGAACGCUAUAAAAUGCCCGAGCUUAGUUUUGGUCAAUUUCACGAUGGAGACACUUAUGUUGUCAGAUGGCAGUACAUGAUUACAAACAAAGGAACAAACUUAAAGGGAACACAGUCUCGCAGAUCUUUAGUCGGUCGAGAAAGAUGUGCAUAUUUCUUCUGGCAAGGAAAGAAUUCAACCAUCAAUGAAAAGGGAGCAUCUGCUCUCAUGACAGUGGAACUGGAUGAAGAGAGGGGUCCUCAGGUUCGAAUAGCAGAGGGUAAAGAGAUGCCGUGUUUCCUGAAUUUGUUUAAAGGAAGAAUGAUAACACACAUAGGGAAACGUGAGGAUGAGGCCACCAACACUCAGGGAGCGUGGCGCUGUUACUGUGUGCGGGGCGAAUAUGAAAAUGAGAUCUGUCUGAUUGAGAUACCAAUGGGGGCCAACAGGCUUCGGAGUAGAGCUUCUUUCAUAGUGCUGAAUAUUAAAUCAGGUCUUUUGUUUGUAUGGCAUGGCUGCAAGGCUCCAGCUCAUUGCAGAAAUAUGGCCUCUAAGGCAGCAGAGAGGUUAAAAGAAAAAUGUCCACUGGAAGUAGGGGUUACAGAGGGGUGCUACAUAUUAAUCACUGAAAUGGAGGAAGGAUCUGAGAAACCUGAGUUUUGGUCUGCCUUAGGGGUCAAGGCCAACACAAGGUCACUCUACUGCUCUCACCUCACUGAUCCAACCCCAUAUGAUAACACAUUGAGAGUAUUCCACAUGACUAGUGCCUCAGGAACUUUUGAAGUUCACGAAAUCCUCAAUUCAUCAAGAACACCAGAUCUCAACACCCCAUUUCCUGUUUUCCAAGCAGACCUUUACAAUGUCUCUCAACCAGGUCUGUUUUUGGUGGAUGAUGACAGCAUUGUGUAUCUGUGGCAUGGCUGGUGGCCAGAGGCAGAUGCUGAGGUGGAGAAUAUCCACACAGGCUCUGCUAGAUCUCGCUUCAGUGUAGACAGAAAGUGUGCAAUAGAAACUGCCAUCCACUACUGUAAAGAGAAAAAUCCAGAGAAGCCUCCUAAAGCUGUGGCAGUGUAUGGAGGACUGGAGCCUCUGGAUUUUACCAAUCUCUUUCCAUACUGGGAUGUGGAUGAAUCUGCCAAAUCUCUUAAUCUCAGGGAAGGUAAAGUGGACGGAGAAAUGACCCCCCUCGAGCACAUUUUGGAGAAAGUGAUGAAGGAUCGCUACACAUAUGAGGAACUAAUGGAGGAAGAACUUCCUGAUGGUGUCGACCCUAAACGUCUCGAAUCUUAUCUCGAUGAUGAGGAGUUUGAAGAAAUAAUGGAAAUCUCCCGUGACGAAUUUUACAACCUACCACAGUGGAAACAAGACAAAAUCAAACAACAAGUUGGGCUGUUUUAAUCACUGGGGACAAUAGACUAGAACUGGAAACUCGCAUCAUAAAGCCAAUCCAGAACUACAAAUGAUUCCUCUACUGAAACAAGAAAUCCAUAUUCGUUGUUCAGGUUAUCUUGGACAAGUGUGAAGACAAUUACAUUUCUGAAUUAUACUACGAAAAUCUCUACGAUGCACCAGCUUCAUCACAGAUUAAGUUAUUUCUAACUUUGAAGAAUUUUAUCACAUAAAACAGUGAGCAGAGUGUUCAAUUCUUAACAAAUUCAAUGACAAGCAGUCCAUUCGAUAUAUUAGAAAGAACUAGUCAUAAAUGUUUUGAUGAAGUUGAAUAGCAUUUCAGUUUGGUGGCAUUAUAUUGAUUUUUCCAUAUUUUAUGGAUUUUUGACUGUAUUACAAACCUAUGGCUGUGAAAUGAUCAACCGAAGCAAAAUCUUAAACCUCAGCCAUGUGUCCUUAGAAAAGUAACAAGUCUUGACUCACAGUGAUCUUUUAUUAACAAACUACACAAUUGUUUUGCCCUGCUAUAAAUUGCAAUAAAAAAGAGAAAUGUCUUUCAUGUAUGUUAGUGUACCAAAGAUGUACAGAAUUUCCUCUAAACCCAGCAAGGCUGGGUGACUGGUGCUGUCUUAUAUAUGUGUGUGUGUAUGUGUGUGUGAGAGAGGUCAUUGUAGCCAAAUGUCCAUCUAAUCUAUUCUGAUUGUUGCAUCGAAUGUCCAUUGUCUUGUACAUUCAUUUUUUCUAAGAAUUUAUGUGCAGUGAUCAACCAACCAUUCAAAUUCCUUAUGCAAUUUUCUUUCUGUUCAUGACAUUGAAUAUAUUCCUACUCAGAACCUUUUUUUUUUAUUAUUUAAGGAAUGAUAUUUUUUCUUUUGUUCUUUCCAGUAGCAAUUUAAGAUGUAUAUUUUUCACUGCCCAAAGCCACUUUAUCAAAUUAAUGGCCAACAGUUCCUAUGGUAGUUUCCUGCUUAUUUGCUAAUAUAUUUGAUAUUUUAAUUGUUGUGUUAGAUGUUCAGAGAUUGUUCAGACAACUCUUACAAACCCAGUUAGCUGAUAUUCUGUGCUAGAAGGAAAGCUUUGGGGUGUUAAUAGAAUUAUUCUUUUCAUCUGCACUGAGUACUAUGAGCCAAAAUACUUGUCCCUCUUUUGUGAAAGAGAAUGUAGUGGUAUCUUUUUUAUGUUGGAUUCUUGUGAUUAUAUGAAAUCCUUUUUAUAUAGUUUAACGUACAACUACCAAACCAUUGGCCAGUUCUUAAUUUGGAAAUACAAGUUCAUUUGAUUAUCUAUAUAACAAAAUACAUGAACAACCAUUUUCAUGCAAAAGUUAAUAUAGGUAUGGUCAAGAUUAUUUUUAUGUGUAUUUUAUGGAAAAGAGUCUGUGUGAGAAAGGUCAGGGACAGAGCUAAAGGUCAUGAGGUCACGGAGACUUUUGUGAUGAUGAGAUUUAUGUGGCUAUAUAUUUGAUGCUAGCAAUUCCUUAAGCAACUGUGAUCCUUCUUUAGUGGUAGAUUAUCUCCCUUUUAUCUGUUUGUAUACGUGUAUAAUGUUAUUGUAUGUAUAUUUUUUUUGUAUAAGAAAAAGUGCUUCCAAAUUAAAUUGUUAACAAAGAU